AUGAGUGAUGUUGCUGCAAACAUAAAAGAAAGAAAAUCUAACCAACAACCUGUAACACAUGUUUCCCCUGUUGUUACCUCAUCCGAGACUGAUAGUGACAAAGCUGUGGAGUUUAAAAGGGUGGAUAGGAAGAAGAGAAAAUCUCCAUUGGUACCCUCUCCUGCUCCAUCACCAAAGCAAAUAGGGACACUUAGGAAGAAAGAAUGGGUUGUGAAAGAGCCUAGCGGUCCAAAGAAGAAGAUUGAAUGGAAGGAACUGACACCAAAGACAUCUGAUACACUUUCCCCAACAGAGCUCGUUAAAAAAAUAAAUCAGGAUGGUAAUCUCAGCAAUGUCACCAAGUCUAGACAAGAAAUAGAUGAGUUGAUAGCAGAGGAUAACAUAAAUGUUUUUGUAAGUGGUCACCAAAAAGUAUACCAAAAAGGUGAUAAGGGGAAGAAUAAAGUUGGAAGUGUCCCUGACUUAAAUAUAAAGCAUAACUUACCACCACCGGCUCAGGACACCCCACCGGCAGUAGCAGAGGCACAGGCAGAAGUGCAGAAUCAGCCCAUAGAAAAGACAUUAGAGGAAGAAAAAGCAACAGAUGCGGUUUUCCCCGAUUCAAACAUUCUAUUCACAAUGAAGAAAUCAGAAGAAGAGAAGAAAGAUAAUGCAGAACCUAGCACCUCUCCCAGUUCUUCAAUUUUGGAUUUCAGACCAACAUCUGUCAUAGAAGUACUAUUGGAUUCUAUAAAUAAACUAAUGGACUGUAAUGCCUUAGAAUUUAAGACUAUUGAUGAUUCUCUACCAAUUUUGCAGAUGAUUGCACUAGAGUACAAGGUAGAUCAUAUUAUUGGCACGAUAGGUAAAUUGGACACAUUGUCCAAAUUCAUUUCUGCUAACAUUCAGUCAUUAGACACAAUAAAUGAGAAGACUACUGAAGAAAAAGUUCAUAAGGAAAAGGAGGUAUUCUUUAGAAAAAGAAUAAAGGAAUGUACACAACAGAUUGAUACACUACUACCAACACUGAACUCUAGCAAUUUGGAGUAUAAGGAAUUAUACUGGGAAGUUUGUAAACCACAUCAACUAAUAGAAGAUAUUGAUGAUCAUAUCAGAAAAACUCAAAAGGAAAUUGAUGAUAUUGCAGAUGAUAUAAUUGGUUCUUCUGAACUAACAUCAGUCAUAGAACAGGAGAUGGCUACACAUGAGGAGAAGAUUGAAAAUCUUGAAAAAGAAAAGGCAAGACUAAAAAUGAAAGCCAGGGAGUUGAAGAAUAAGCUUGGUCCAAGAUUGGACAAUCUAAUCACUCACCGGAAUGCACUAUCAAAGGCUAGAAUUCAAGGAGAUAGAACACCAGAACAAAAAAUGCACCAUCUUACCAGAAUGAUCAGGCAAAUAGAAACAAUAAUUAUCGACAAUACGAAGUUCAUGCAGGGUCUGAACUUAGUUCUUGCAGAUAUUUUUCAAAUUGUACACAACAGACUUUAG